GCAAGCUUUACCUUAUGGGGGCAUGCCUUCGUCUGCAUUAAAUAGGAAAAUGGAAGAAACUGAUCCACUCCUUAUUGAUGCCAUUGCCCAAGUGGACACUUUCCAUGAUCAAGAAGAUUAUUAUAUCGACUAUGCGCGAGGGCAGAUCGUUGAUCGGAGGUUAGAAGAAUCCUGGUUAGAAAUUGCCAACCCAGUGCGUCAUCCUGAAUUAUCUUUAGUUCAAGCGAUGGGGGUUAAUGCUGACACUCAAGUUCCUGAAAGGUCAUGGUCUAAACAAGCCAUCAGGAUUGGGCGUAAUAAGAUACAUAAUCAACUUAAGGAUAGUACACAUGUUUUCUCUACACAAAGAGAAGUGGCAAAAAAUACUCUCUGGGGGAAUUAUCAUCCAUAUAAUGAAUUGGUCUGUAAGUAUACUAAUUCUGGUAAUAACGCGCCUCCAUAUGUACCGUGGCGUCAUAUUAUGGGGGAGACUGAAUUGCCUGUACAAAAAUAUGGCAAGGUGCCCGAUUCAUAUACUACAUCUUUGAAAUAUAGGAAUAUUAUGUUACAGAAGCCAGAUCAGCCAUGGAACCUCCAGCAAUAUGCUAAUACAACUGGUUUACAUAUCGCUCCCUCAAAAGACAAAAACAUAAUGUUACAGAAGUCAGAUCAAUCGUGGAGUCUCCAGCAGGACGUUAAUGGGACUAGGCAUAUUCCAUUCAAUAUGUAUAUGAUUUUAGCAACUAAGGGAAUGGUUCAAACCGAAACUGAAUUCGGUCAAAAUAAAAAUUUCCAAUUAACUAAACCGGGAGGAGCCUCACUUAUACCCGCUAUGCAUUCUAAAGAACAAAAGGGGGAUCAGCAAUUAGUUUUGCCAUCCAGUUUUGAAAAAUCCAUUCCUAAAAAUAGUAGAGAACUUAUUCUUCCAUCAAACCCCUAUCCGUUAAGUGAGAUGCAACAUGAAGAUCAACAAAGACGCCUAUCGUUACAAGACCUAACAUCUCAUUCUGAAACAUUUCGGAGACCAAUCCUCACUUCAAAUUCCUAUCCUAUGAGCAGAAUACAGCAUGAAGAACAGGAAAGACAUUUAACAUUACAAGAUAUAACAUCCCAUACUGUGACAUUUCGAAGACCAAUCCUCACUUCAGAUCCCUAUUCAAUAGAUGAGAUGCAACGUGAAGAUCAGGAAAGAAAUUUGCCAUUGCAGGAUGUAACAUUUAAUACUGGAAUAUUUCGAAGACCAAUUUUGCCUAGUGAUUUAGAAUUUCUUUAUUGGCAACAACAAGAAGACCAGAAUCGAAAUUUUGUUCCUUCAUCGCAAAAACUACACCCGGCUAAAGGGGUAUUACCAGCCAUCUAUUCAGAAAAAGCGGUACAGGGUAGUCUAGUUAGUAAUGCAUUCCCUAACGCACAUUUAGCGAAUAUCGCCGGUCAUAUUGGUGAUGCAACGGUUUUGGGGAAUUCAGAAGAAACUGUCUUCGGAUCUAAUGCAUCCGGAGGUUAUGGUACUGCUCCUACUGGACCUAAAACUUUACGCGCAUACAAAGAAAGUGACUCUAUGAAUUUACAUGACGGAUUG